AUUUAUGUGUCCUGUUUUCACAGUCCUUGUGUUUGCUUGUAAAACAGGUCAAGUGUUUGUAAGACUCUGUAAAUAUGGAGUAAUGGAGUUUUAUGGAAUUGAUUAGUGUCAGUUUUACGUUGGGUAUCUGCAUAGAGUUUUUGAGCCAGAGAAACUCUUUUUAGGUGGUCUUUCUGGGCUUUUAUUCGAACUGGGGAGUGAUUUGGUCUCAUUUCAGUUUCAUGACAACAAAGCACAAAAGGGGUGCCUCCAAAGUACCAUGUCAAUUGCAUGCCCUUAAUUGGACUGUAAUUUCUCAAAGAUUUUAUACAAUUGAGAACAGUCGUUUCUCAAUAUUAGGUUCAUUGUAUGCAGAUUCCAAGGCAAUGCUUGUACAAUACGUGAUGAAAGGAAAAGAUGAUGGCUUGCACAUUUUUAAGAAGAGAUUUUGGUCCAGCUUCUUGAAGAGAUUGUUUUGCGCUAAGCCAAAAUCCAUAAAAAAAAAUGAGGGGGAGGAGAAACAGGGUUGUGGUUUUGGUAGUUGUGGUCUUGGUAACUCCAGAAGUCACGAAGUCCAUACUCAUGUCUUUUCGUAUUCAAAGGAAAACACUAGAGUAGAGACCACACUAAGGGAAUCCAGAGACAAGAAAAAUGAUCAUGAUAAAGAAGUGGUUGUGGGUGAGCAUGAACAAAAUAAGCACGCAUCAGCAGUGGAACCUGUGGUUAAAGAAACAUUGGGGAAAUCUGAAGAGGAGCGAAAUGAGCUUCAGAAACAACUGGUUGAGGUUGAAGAUAAACAAACUAAGCAGGCAUCGGCAGUGCAAACUGUAGCAUCUGCCGCAGCAAAGGCUGCUGCGGCAGCUGCCAUGAUUGCAUGCCUCAAAGGGUCUGGUUACUCAAGUCGCCAACAAGAAAGUGCAGCAAUCAAAAUUCAGAGUGUGUUUCGGGGCUAUCUGGCCAGGAGAAGAUUACUUUCUCUGAGAGGUCAAAUGAGGCUGCAUAUACUGGUUAAUGAACAGAGUGUGAAACAGCAAGCAAUGAACGCUUUGCGCUGCGGACAAUUGUUUGUUAAAAUCAACUCUCAAACUCACUUUAGGAGGAUGCGAAUGGUUGAGCAAAAUCAAGCCCGUCAAUGCUACCUUAAGCAAAAACAUCAAAAAUACCUCAAGAGCAAGGAAUUCGAUAAUGAAGCUGUGCAUCAAGAGGAAUGGGAUAACAGCGUGUUCUCCAAGGAAGAAAUUCAGGCUAGAUUGCAGAACAAAAUAGAAGCUGCUAUUAAGCGGGAAAGGACACUGGCAUAUGCAUUUUGUCACCAGAUGUGGAGAAAUUAUCCAAAUGCAGUCCAAACUAUGUUGAUGGAAAUUGAUCUAGACAAGCCUCAUUGGGGUUGGAGUUGGUUAGAACGCUGGAUGGAAACUAGGCCUUGGGACAACCACAACACUGUUGAGAAGGCAUACUCGCUCAUGAAACUACAUAUAGGGUUGAAAAAGCCUACUUCAGAGAUUGACAGUGUUGGUUCCUCAUCAAUGCCAUUACAGUCAAAUGAUAUGUCCUCAGGGUUGAAAAUACUUAAUUCAGAAAUGGCCAAUGGUGAUAUCUUUUCAAACUCAUCCAUGUUGAGCAAUGUAUCAUCAAGGUCCAAAAAAUUCGAUUCAGAAAUGGUGAAUGCUGUCAUCUCUUCAAACCCAUCCAUGUUGAGUAAUAUGUCAUUGUCAUUGAAAAAUCUUAACUCAGAAACGGGCAAUGGUUUUACCUCUUCCAAACCAUCCGAGUUGAGUAAUAUUUCCUCAAGAUUGAAAAAGACAAAUUCAGAUAUUGACAAUUUUAUAAUCUCUUCAAACCGCUCCAUGUUGAAUGAUGACAAGACAUAUUCAGUCAUGAAAGUGCAAUCUAUGGAACAGAACAGAGAGCAAACUUUGCAUAUAGAGUUGGAAGAACCUAAUUCAGAAGUGGUCAAUGUUGUUAGCUCUUCAAUACCUUCCAAGUUGAGUAAUAUAUCUUCAACGGAGGAUGAUAUAAAGAAUAAUCACAGUAUUUUGGUAUCAGAAAGAACUGGAAACGGAUCUCAUCACACUUUAGCUUGUACUUCUGUUAUAAAAAAUGAUGAAAGCUUGAUAAGCUCCUUUCAAACUCCCAACUACAUGGCCUCCACAAAGUCCACCAACGCAAAGGUUAGAUCACAAAACACUCCAAAGCAGAGGUUGUUGUUCUCUUCUACUUCAAAAGAAACCAGUUUUCCUUAUAGAAGUCCUAGCACCACUAUCACACUCUGUUCAGAAGCAUUGGAAUCAGGCCAAAUUAGUAGGAAACUGUGCUUGGGACCACUGAAAUCAGAGAAUCAUAGUAGCUCAUCCAGAGACCUUAGUACUGAAUCAAAGAGUUUCUUACUGACUUGGGGUGGGAGAAAAUCUAAUAGAUGAGCACCUGUAUAUUUAACUAUCCUCUCCAUUAUGAUAAAGCAUUCUAUAGGAUAUUUCUUGUUUCUAGGAACUAUGGGGAGUUAAUCUCAAUUGCAUUCCAAUGAUAUCUCUUGGAUAAAUACAGUUAGUUAUCUUGGAUUACUGUGUGCAAUGAGGACAUAGCCAGAUAAUGGGAGAUCCUCAUUUGAUGCGUAGUGCAUUGAUGAGGCAUUUUAUGGUCUGAUGGCUUGGAAGAUUAAGAAUUAUGGUCUGAUGGCUUGGAAGAUUAAGAAAUUUAUCUUGUAGGUUUUCAAGUACUUAAGAGUGUGGCAUGGAUUGAUCAUGAGAUCCAUGGAUGUGAAGGAUGUAAUUUCUGAGGUCGGAAAUUUUUUUGUUGAUAUAAAGGGUUUCAACCAUUGGUGAGA